AUGCAGCGGCUUGCGCGCGGCUUGAAGCUAGGGCACGGUUUGCGUCGCUUUGCUGGAACCAGCGUGGAACGUGCCGUGACCCUGCGGUGGCCCGAUGGCCGGGAAGCUGGUGCCUUUCUUCCGAAGUUCCUGCGAGAAAACACGAUAGAAGCCUGGGAUGGGAGUUCCAAGCAGCGCCUGGACUUUUGCCUACCGCUUGACUUGCAAGUCAGGGACGUAGCACCAGUGGAGUUCUCGUCGCCUGACUACUCAGGCCCCGCUUUCCGGCUGCAGUUCUCGGACGGUCAUGUGGGCCACUUCACUCCUCCGCGUCCUGCAGAUACAAUGUGGUCAAAUGAACUCCGCCACCAAGAGAAGGUCCUUUGGGGCAGUGAAGAAGCUGCAAAAGUUCGAGGUGAACUGAGCGACAGCCGUGGACCGCUUCGCUUCGAGUGGAAGGAUCUGCAGGAGAAUCCCUCCGUAGCCAGAAAGUGGAUCGAGGCAAUGCACAGUCAUGGACUGGCGCUGGUCGCCGGAUUGCCGAGUUCUGAAGAUAAACCUUUUGAUGGUGUUCAUGCAUUCGCACAGAGCUUGGGCACGUUCCUGGCUCCGAGUGUCUAUGGACAGACCUUUCAAAUCAAGAGCGUCACAAGCCCAAACAACUUGGCAUACUCCAGCCUUGGCUUGCAGAUGCAUACGGAUUUGCCUUUCAACGAGCAACCACCAGGCAUUCAACUCUUUCACUGCCUGCAGCAGGCGGAGGAAGGCGGCGAGUCUAUUGCCAUGGAUGGGUUUGCAGCAGCAGAAUCCCUGCGUCAGCAGGACCCGGAGGCAUUUCAAACGCUUUGCGAGCACCCCAUCGGGUUUCAGGAUGUCACCAAGGACUGGUUCCUGUCUGCAAAGCAUCCCAUCUUUGAGUUGGAUGGCGCUGGUUCAGCUGACGCCUCAAAGCUGCGGCGUUUGAACUUCAACGAAAGGGCCAGAGACUCCUGGCGGCACUGGAAUCCCAGAGCAUCCUUGCAGCAGGAAGAGAAGGUCUAUGAGGCGAUGCUUAAGUUCGAGAAACUCGUCGAGGAUCGUUCCCGCUAUGUCUCGCUGCGCCUUAUGCCGGGGGAGAUGAUAUGUACAGACAACUGGCGCGUGAUGCACUCGCGCUCCUCCUUCUUGGGCUCGAGAUACUUUGUCGGCGCCUACCUAGACUGGGAUGCUGUGAGAGGACGCUGGCGCAACUUGUCGAACACAUUCGAAGCCCAGUGGAAGGACAUCGCCUCCACACGCUAA